UUCUUGCGGUGCUUUCGCUCAGCUAGGAAAAGUUUUCAGAACCUUUUACAGCAGCUCCCUGUCUCGUGAACUAGACUUCGCUCGUUGAUUAGACCUCUCAAAGCCGAGCGACAAGUAAACAGGCGUUCACGGAUCCCCCCACCUCCGAGUUGUUCAGGCAUCCUUAAUUUGCCGGGGGUUUUCUUAGAGUUCUCAAAGCCCCUCCGAGUCGAUUGGCUUUAAGUUCGUGGUCGCGCGUCACCAUGAAACAGUCGCGCGCGACGCUCGCGCUCCUGGUUCUCGCAUCUUGUCUCGUCGGCUUCGCCGCGGCGCAGUCGUGCACGGGCGUGUGCACCGUUUCCGGCACCGCGCUCGUCAACACCGACUGCGUCAGCCAGUGCAACAACUGCGCAUGGGCCACGCCGUACGGCUGCGCCACUUACUUCCAGCCCGUUUGGAACUACAAUGCGUACCUAUCUGCAAGCUGCAGCUACUCGUGCUCGAGCGGCCUUGCCUGGUGGUCGUGGCUGCUCAUUAGCAUCGCAAUCCUCACUGUCUCUGUGGGGGUGGGGCUUGGCGUCUAUGUGUGCCUCCGCUCGGCACGCAGCUAAUUAAAGCCCCAUUCUCAUAAUUCUAGGAAGUGACCAAGUGUUAAAGCCCGACCGGCAGGUUGCAAGUCCUCUUUUCUCAAGAUGCUGCACCUUGAGGCCCUCCUAAUCGAGCAGCUGGCAUCAACCGGCCAAAUGCUCGCAAAGGAUAACAACUAGGCUGGGCUGGGGGUCUCUCGGAACGUGGCAGUGCAAACCUGCUGAGUUCUUUGAGGGAAAAGAUGGGAGGGGCUGGGUGGGGGUAGAAACCAGUAUUUGUAUUUUGCAGUGUGGGUGGGAAUCGCGCAACAGUAAUGUGAUUCGUAUUUUUUCUCACUGUACCGUAAGUGUCAAACAACAUCCGGUUUGUUUUUCCGAAACCGAAACAGCCAACCGGUUCUCGCUCUGCAAACUUGGCAGAGGUGGCGAGGUGGCUCUCUGCCAGAUUGUGAGCUGCAAAACAGGCCGCCCUGCCAAAUCUUCUGGGCCCUGCCCUGUGGGGCGCAGCUAUACGACUUUCUCUUCUUGCAAGCUCUCCAGAUCUCUAUCACGGCGUCCCAGUCUGGCUCGUAAUCUAACAAACUCAUGCACAUUAAAUCUCCUAGGCGAGAGUCAGGGUCCUAAAUGGUAGCAGACUUUUUUUCUCUGAUUGUCUGAUUUUCAUACUGGUUUUAGGGGUUUCUCUGAUUUUUCAGACAGGGGCUUAACUCUGAUUGGACUAGACA